ACGUCAGUGCGCUACAGCCAGUAUUGCCAGGUUGGGGGGGAAAUCUGUCCCAAUCUGGCAACACUGGCUGCAGUGCCUGCCCCGUUGUAAUUUAUUAGACCAGACGGCUAAGCCACGAGUCUCUACGCGUUGAAGAUAUUCGAUUCGUUAAAGGGAAUAAAUCGAGGAAGGCGAAUGUUUCUGAUUUAAUUACUGUUCGUCGUCGUCAUGGCGUUAGUUUGUCGCUAGGCUGAAGAUCUGAACUCUCUACUAAUAAGGUGUAUCUGACAUCACGCAGAUGUGGCCCUUAUCUCUAAUGAGACUAUUGUAUAUGAAAGCUCGGAGUGGUUUGAUUGACAGGCUGCCUCCUGGUUUAGAGGGAUGACGGUGAGAUCCGAAAUGGAGACAGGAGAGACGGAGCCCUUUAAAAGCCAUGAUCAGUUAGUUUAGAAACUCCAAACUUCUUCUACACACCUCAGGCAAAAGAGAAACCUAUAUUUUGAAUAAAACAAACGUGUUUUUGUAUUGUAUAGUGUACCCCGCGAUAAGCUACUUACACAAACGGCAGGAUGAGUUCUGAAGGCUUUCAGUACCGAGCACUUUACGACUAUAAGAAGGAGCGUGAGGAGGACAUUGAGCUCCGCGUUGGGGACAUGCUGGUGGUCAGUAAGGGGGCCCUCCUGGCCCUGGGGUGCCCCGUUGGCACUGAAGAGAGGCCCUCUGAGAUCGGUUGGCUGCCAGGGUUCAACGAGACGACACAGGAGAAGGGAGAUUUCCCGGGAACCUAUGUGGCCUUUGUAGGCAGGAAGAGAAUGUCCCCACCCACUCCCAAGCCCCGCCCACCCAGACCGCCCUCUGCUGCUUCGUCCAGGGGGGACUCGGAAUGUGAGGUGGGCUGUGUGUUACCAGACCUGCCAGACCAGUUCAGUCCUCCAGAAACGGCCCCUCUGCUCCUCAGCAAACUCAUGGACGCCCUUGAGAGUAAAGGUGUGGAGAGCCCCGGUCUGUACCAGAGCUUCACCGGAGGCAGUCUGGACACCAAGCAGCUGGCUGAAACAGACCCUGAGCAAUUGGAGGUGGCAUCUCUCUGUGACGGGGUGGUGCGGUUCUUUCAGGAGCUCCCGGGGCCUGUGGUCCCCCCGGCCUUGCAGAUGGAGAUGGUCAACGCUGUGAAAGAGGUGAAGGAGUUGGAGGACUGUGCCCAGGUGCUGCGAGGGGUGACCAGCUCCCCGGCCUGUCCCGCCCAGCACGGACUCACCCUCCUCAGCCUGGUGCGUCACCUUGCCAGGCUGUGUCUCCAGAGCGCCAGGAACCAGCUCAGCCCCAGAAGCCUGGCGGAGGGCUUCAGCCCCCUGCUGUUCAGGACCUCCUCCGCCGCUACUUGCUCAGAGGCUCCGGACGCGCUGGUCCAGGCUCUUGAGGUCCUGAUCACCAGCGAACUCAACAUGAACCAAGCAGCUCCAGCCCUGCCGCCCAAACCAGCAAAGCCGCUGACCCCAGUCCCCAGCAUCUUCAACAACAGCACGGCCCUCCAGGACUCAGAGUGGUACUGGGGGGACAUCUCCAGGGAGGAGGUCAAUGAGAAGCUGAGGGACACGGCUGACGGGACGUUUCUGGUCCGUGACGCCUCCACCAAGAUGCAUGGAGACUACACCCUAACCCUCAGGAAAGGAGGCAAUAACAAGCUGAUCAAAAUCUUCCAUCGGGACGGAAAGUACGGCUUCUCAGACCCGCUGACCUUCAGCUCGGUGGUGGAGCUGAUCAACCACUACCGCCACGAGUCCCUGGCCCAGUACAACCCCAAGCUGGACGUCAAGCUGCUGUACCCCGUCUCCAAGCACCAGCAGGACCAGGUGGUGAAGGAGGACAGCAUCGAGGCCGUGGGCAAGAAGCUGCACGAGUACCACCUGCAGUACCAGGAGAAGAACCGAGAGUACGACCGGCUGUACGAGGAGUACACCCGCACCUCACAGGAGAUCCAGAUGAAGAGAACGGCCAUCGAAGCCUUCAACGAGACCAUCAAGAUCUUUGAGGAGCAGUGUCAGACGCAGGAGCGCUUCAGCAAGGAGUACAUCGAGAGGUUCCGGCGUGAGGGCAACGACAAGGAGAUCCAGAGGAUCAUGGGGAACUAUGACAAGUUGAAGUCCCGGAUAAGUGAGAUUGUGGACAGCAAGCGCCACCUGGAGGUGGAGCUGAAGAAGCAGGCGGCCGACUACAGGGAGAUCGACAAGAAGAUGAACAGCAUCAAGCCGGAUCUGAUCCAGCUCCGCAAAACGAGAGAUCAGUACCUGAUGUGGCUGACUCAGAAGGGUGUGAGACAGAGGAAGUUAAACGAAUGGCUUGGCCUGAAGAACGACACAACGGAGGAUGAGUACAGCAUGCUGGAGGACGAGGAUGACCUGCCUCACCAUGAUGAGUGUCUGUGGCGCCUGGGCAACAUCAACCGCAUCCAGGCGGAGACUCUGCUGCGCGGCAAGAGGGACGGGACCUUCCUGGUCCGUGACAGCAGCAAGCCGGGCUGCUACGCCUGCUCUGUGGUGGUGGAGGGAGAGGUGAAACACUGUGUGAUCAACAAGACCCAUACAGGCUACGGCUUCGCCGAGCCCUACAACCUCUACGCCUCCCUCAAGGAGCUGGUCCUCCACUACCAGCACGCCUCCCUGGUCCAGCACAACGACUCGCUCAACGUCACGCUGUCCUACCCCGUGUACGGGCCGCAGAGGCGCUAGGACGCCGCCGUCAGGAGAAAGGAAAACCCACCGACCACAGCCUUCCCCCUACAGCACAGCUCUGUGUGUGUGUGUGUGUGUGUUUGUGUGUGUGUUGGGACUGUAUGGAGAAAGGUGGCUGAUGGACAAUUGCGUAUGUGUGUCAGAGAGAGAGAGAAAGAGAGAGACUUAACCACUGUGAUUCUGAAGGUCCCUCAUCCUUUCUGAUAUCCCUUAACGCCCCAGUAGAUGUCAAACAGAAUCGGAAUGGCGGUGUGUUCCCAUUGGCUGUCCAACGGCGGUGGAACCCGCCCAUUCAUAGUGAGGAUACCGAGCCUUUAAGUACCGUUUGGAGUUCUCUUGUAGUAAGGCAGAUAUCUGCUGCUGCUGCUUUCCAUAAGCACCAAGAGAUGCCCGGUUGGCAUGCCAACCUCCCUGGUCUAUACAGAGGAGAGCAGGCGGUCGGUAGUGAGGUCUUUGUACCCUCAGUUUUCAGAUGUGGAUUUAGUUAGCGCAACGAAUGGCUUGUUGGUUAGCUGUCACUGUCUGGGUCCGUCAGCAGGACGCCUUGAUCAGGUCCACUCUUCCC